ACUCCCUGCCUGUAGCUGCGGGCGAAAAGGGAAAGCCUGCCCAUUAUAAGAAGGGACAGUCGGGUGUUCCUGCCGCGCUCCUGCCUUCUCUGCGCGCCAUGGAGAUCUGCUAUCAGUGCAUAGCGGUAGGCUGCAUCAUAGCCUACAUAAUCUUGCAGAUAAUACGCUGGAUCCGAGCUGACAGCGAUCUCACCGUGCAGUGGGCAGAAUGGUGGGGCAAGAAGCCUGAAAAAGAACUGCCUAGGAAAGUUGUCUGGGUGACUGGUGCCUCCAGUGGAAUUGGAGAAGAGUUAGCCUACCAGCUGGCCAAGAUUGGCUCAUGGCUUGUGCUAUCAGCAAGAAGAGAGAAUGAACUGGAGAGGGUGAAAAAGAAGUGUCUUGAGAUCAGCAGCCUAAGUGAUAAAGAUAUCCUCAUUUUGCCACUUGAUUUGACUGACAGGGGAUCUCAUGAAUCUGCCACAAAGACUGUUCUUCAGCAUUUUGGAAGGAUUGACAUUUUGGUGAACAACGGCGGACGUUCUCAGCGUUCUCUUUUUGUAGAUACAAAUAUUGACGUUUAUAACGCUAUAAUGGAACUCAAUUAUCUUGGCACAGUCUCCUUAACCAAAUUUGUCCUGGACCACAUGAUCCAGAGGAAACAGGGGAAGAUUGUCACGAUGAACAGCGUGAUGGGUGUCAUGGGAGCUCCCUUGGCGACUGGGUAUUGUGCCAGCAAACACGCUCUGCGGGGCUUCUUUAACUCUCUUCGGCCUGAGAUUUCUGACUAUCCUGAAAUAAGUAUAAUCACCAUCUGCCCAGGGCCUGUCCAGUCACAGAUCAUCCAAAAUGUCUUUACUGAAGAAGUUUCAAAGGUUAAUAAAAAUGUUGGUGACCAAUCUCACAAAAUGACAACUCACCGCUGUGUUCGCUUAACUCUGGUUAGCAUGGCUAACGAUGUGAAUGAAGCCUGGAUCAGUGACCAUCCCUACUUGGCAAUUUGUUAUGUGUGGGAAUAUGCGCCCACCUGGGCAUGGUGGCUGUUGAACCGCAUGGGAAAGAAGCGGAUAGAGAACUUCAAGCAUGGAGUGGAUGCUGAUGUUUCUUAUUACAAAAAGUCUUCCUAAGGAAAACGAGCAGCCCAGCAUUCUUUUGAACCUGAACCAGCAUAAGGAAAAGAGAAGAACCUCUGCUUUAAAAGUUUAUAGUUUUCUUUUGCAAACACUUUGGCAAGAAAGGAUGCUAAAAUGUACAAUGACUUGUGUACCUGUAUAAAGCUUCUGACUUUGCAGCUA